AUGGCAAUGUUUGGAUCACUGACCAUUGAUUCUUUGUUUUCAGCCUAUGCGUUUGACUUCAGUUGCGGAGAUCCAGUCUACAAGCCUGAUUUAAAUGAGAACAGUAACAAUGUAGUACCAUUCAGCUGGCCCUGGCAGGUUUCACUGCAAGCUAAAAGAGGAAUAUCAUAUUCCCAUAUGUGUGGAGGGGCCCUCAUUGACCCAACGUGGAUCUUGACUGCUGGGAAAUGCAUUAACGAAGGUAUGAAAUACCGUGUUGUAUUGGGGAAAUAUGACUUGGCAUUGACUGAAGGUUCCGAACAAUACAUUGAACCUGUCAAAAUGAUCUCUCAUCCAAUGUUUAAUCCCAAAUGUAUCACUUGUGGGUUUGAUUUAGCUUUAUUAAAGCUCUCCUGGCCCGUCGUUUUCACUGACAAAAUUAGGCUAACCUGUCUCCCUGCAGCGGGGGAAGAACUACCAGACAAUUACACAUGCGUGGUUACUGGAUGGGGAAAACUGAAUGCCAAGGGGCCUAAACCUCGCAAGAUGCAGCAAGCCCUACUUCCAGUAGUCGAACAUGAUAUCUGCAGCCGGUCUGACUGGUGGGCAACGAACGUGAUGGACACCAUGAUCUGUGUUGGAGGGUAUUCCAAGACUGCAUGUGAAGGUGACCCAGGCAGUCCUUUGAACUGUUUUGGUAGUGAUGGUAGAUGGUACAUCAAUGGAGUGGGGAGCUUCACAGGGUCCUAUCCAUGUAACACAGCGAGGAAGCCCACUGUCUACACUCGGAUAUCUGCCUUCAACAGCUGGAUCAAUGAUCGGAUUCUGGACCCGGUUAGAGAUGUGGGCUGGUGUCUGAGCAUGGACCAAGAAAAGACCAGUCAGAAACUUCAGCCCUACUGCCUCUAA